AUGAUGCAGCUACACUAUGUAUUCUGCAUUUUUACCUUAUUGCUGAGCUGCACCAGUGUGUGCGUGUUGGCUGAAGAUACUGCUCCAGAAGGUCUUGGUCAUGGUGUUACUUCUUGCUCUGAUGUUUCUGAUGGUACUUCUAAGCCUCCUUGUACUCGUGAGAAUCCUGGUGGUGGUCUUGGUGCAGAAGAGUCUCACCAAAUUGAACAACAGAAGUUGACAGUGUUAGAAGAACGGGAUGUCAAAAAUCAACAUUUGGAGGGGAAACUAAAGCAGGAAGAACUUACUCAGCAACAUGAGGCUGCGCAAGAAGAUAGGGUACCUCAGAGUGAUCACCGUUCUACUCAACCUGCUGCUGCUGUUUCUAGAGGGACUGGUGGUGUUGAUGGUGCUUCUCAACCAGGUGAUCACGUUACUGAAAACCCAGUGGAUGAAAGGACUGCGAAUACAUUGACUGGAAGAAGGGACACUGCUGCAAAAGGUUUGGAGACUCCGGUUGCUCAGCAUGGUGGAAAAGAAAAUGUAGAAGUACAGGCAGAUGCAUCUGUUAAAACCGAUGAAGGACCAUCACAAAAUGGACCACACGAUGCACCAAACGUGAACGGACCAUCACAUUCGGCAACUGAACCGAGUACAAGUAACACCAGAACAUCAGAUAAUACAGACACCACACAAACAAAUGUGACAGGAACAGCAGAAGGACAGGAUACUUCAGUUCCCACAACUCAAAGUACAGGUGACGUUUUUUCCACCAACACAACUACAGAUGCUACCAGUAAUAAUCACGCUGAAAGUGAAACUAAUGACACAAACCCUGCAGAAGGUGAAUCAACCAGUGAGGAAUCAACCACCACCACAAAAGCAACACUUCCUCCUGAACUUACAAUCAACAAGAAGGGUGAUACAGACAGCAGCAGCAGUAUCAGCAGUUCUGUGUGGGUGCGUGUAGCACUACUGAUUGUGGUUACACUGGCCUGUAUUCUUGUGUGCUGA